AUGAGAGACACAUUUGAUAACAAAAAACUAAUGAAUGAUAAAAGUGUUGAAAACUUUGUGACAAACAUUGUAUUCAAUACACAACCAGUUAAUUGUCAUACUAUUGAUAGUGAUUAUAGUGAUUGCAAUCCUAGACAUACAAAUCAAAAUAAUAAAUGUCUUAUAAGUGAUUCUCCAUUACAUCUAUUAAUUACCAAUAAGUAUAUUUCAGCGAAAGACCAUAAGCUUAUUAAAGAUAAUAAUUUAAAAGUAAUUAAAAGAAAAUUUACUAAACGUGAAGUACAAGUAUUAAAACAAAAUUGGGAUCAAUAUUGUGAUGACUACGAGUGCGAUGUUGAGAUGAAAUUACGUUUAUUAGGAUAUUUUGCAUAUAUAGGCAAAUAUACGAAAGAGGAUCGCAAACAGUUUCAGGAUUUUGUUAAAAGUACGCAAUUUUUGUUACGGUUGGCCAACGGUUUGCCUAACCGUACGAUCAAAAAUAUCUAUUAUGUGUCGCGGACUUCAUUCAAGCCAUUGAAACGUAUGAGUGAGAUGUCGGUGCAAACUAUCGAUAAGAUAAAACAAUUGCAUACAUUGUAUGGCAAUAAGUGGAGCAAAAUUGGCGAAAAGUUUAUGUGUACGCCGUAUGCGAUAAGCAAUUAUUAUCACCGAUCGUUCAACAAAAAUGGUGAACCAUAUGAUAAGGGAAAGUGGAGUCCGGAUGAAAAUAAACGACUAUUGGAUGCAAUGAGACGAGUGCUGAACACCGAUGAUCUCAAACAAUAUGUGUUCACCAAAAAUAUACCGUACAAUGAAAUCAAAGAGUUGGCCGAAAUUAAUAGGAGUUCCACUCAUGUGGCACUACAUUGGUAUCAACAGUUGCGUUGGUCUGUAGCACAAUGGUAUCAAUUGGAGGAUCAUUGGACACACAAAGAUUGCGCACGACUUGUUUAUUGUUUGUUUAGAUAUAACUUUACCGACGAGUCGGACAUCGAUUGGGAUAUAAUUAAGGAAAAGUUUGCAAACAUUUCAUCGUUCAAUGCAUUGAUGAGAAACUGGCGUUUAAUUAAACAAACGGUUCCCUUAUUUGAGUCGAAAUCAUAUAAACAAAUCAUUGAUUUUCUUUACGACAAUCUUUUGCCACAAUAUCUCAAUCCAGACGACGACGGCUUAAAAGAGUUUGAAAUAUUUGUUGAUAAUUAA